AAGACAAUUCAAUUUGAUUUGUCAUUUUCCCCAAUCAGCCUUCACGAUGUGCAUGAUUCAUUAGAGAAUAGUGCCAGAGAGGACCCAUUCUAUACAACGAGAAACGACGGAAAUCCACGUCGCCACCACUGCACGAGGGGGAGAAGGAGCAGAGCCCCUGUCGCUUCCAGCCGAAGAGUGACGUCACUGACCGACCCGCCCGAGCCCGUCGUGUUGCUGCGUUCUCCACUUCUCGGCUCGAUUUGUUGAAUCAUCCAUAGUUCAUCCUCUCGUUGUGUUGUUGAUAGAAGUAGUUGUCGGUCUUACUGCUUCAUUACAGAAACUUGUGUUUCUCUUGUACUUUUUACUUAGUGCUCGUUAAGUGGUGCUCAAAUUUGAACGGAUAUGGCAACAGAAGUAGAAAACAACGCACCCGCUAUGGAAACCAAGGAAAUCAAAGAAGAGAUUGCCGCCGGUGACAAUAAAGCGGAAGAGGCAAAGCAAGAAAUUGGGGCUGGAGACGCUGCAACUCCAAAGGAGAAAGAACCCGCUCCCCCAAAAGUUGUAGUUCACAAAACGAAUUACGAAAAAGAUGUUGUAUAUUUGUACCAAUUCUCACGUACCCCGCUUUUGCCAUCUUUAUCACCUUAUUGUCUCAAAGUUGAAACCUGGUUGAGGCUUGCCGGUAUCAAAUAUGAGAAUGUGGACCACAAACUGAAGUACCGCUCCAAAAAAGGACAGUUGCCCUUCGUCGAACUCAACGGAGAAGAAAUCGCGGACAGCGUCAUAAUCAUAAAGGAAUUGGCAGCUCGUUUCAACCACGAUCUUGACAUCGCACUCACAGCAGAACAGCGUAAUGUGGCUCACGCAAUGAUCUCCAUGAUCGACAACCACCUCGCUUGGGUUGUUAUGUGGUGGCGCACCAAAUAUCCGGAUCAAGUUCUCAAAGGAUACAAAGUCAACCUCCAACACGCACUUGGAACGAGAAUACCAAAUGGAAUAUUGAACUUCUGCUUCAAAUUCGCAUUCGGCAGAAAGUGGUUCCAGGGUUCCAAGAAAGUUAAAGCUCAAGGCAUUGGGGUACAUUCCCCUGAAGAAAUAAAUACUUUCGGACAGAGCGAUCUGAAGGUAUUGUCUGACAUGCUUGCUGACAAACCAUUCUUCUUCGGCGAUGAACCAACUACCUUGGACGUUGUGGUGUUCGCCCACCUAGCCCAAAUAUAUUUCAUCGACAAGGAAGUAACAUACCCGCUCCGUGACUACAUGACAGAAUCUUGCGCCAACCUCGUCGGCUUGGUCAACAGAAUGAAGGACCGCUGCUUCCCCGACUGGGACGAGAUCUGCACAAACCUCGACCUGAAUUCACAUCUGCCAAAACCUGAGCCCGAACAGCAGAAGGACAACAAAGAAGCCGCCAAGGAUGAGAAAGAGGCGGAAGGCAAAGAAUUGGAACCCGAUGACAAGGAUAUCGAAAAAGAAAAGGCUGACGACAAAGAGAAGGCGAAAGAAAAGGAAGUAGAGGAAAACAAAGAAAAAGAAACCAAGUAAAAAGUUGUGUUAAAAAGGUGUGUGAGGCAACUGCAAUUUAUAUUAUUCAUCUCAAUCGAAUGAAUCCAAAAUUUUAGUUCUAUUUUUUCCCUCUUAAGUGCAAAUUUAGCUAGUGAGGUCAGUUUUCGACCGCCCUUUCUAAAGAAAUCUUCGAUCUCGGACAAAUUGUAAUUUAUCGACAAUUCAUUGAAAGUUUUUUUAUGCAGCUUUUCUUGACAUCACACACUAAGUAUUAAUUGAAAUGAAGCGGGGAUUCCUCCUUAUCGUAGUAUUUUCCAUUCUAUAUCUUACUGCUAUAAGUACAUUUUCAAAUAAAACGGAAAUGUGAUUUGAGUCUUUCAUCCAGAUCGAGGAGAACUGUGUUUCAUAAAUUCUACUAUUUGGAAAGGUUUCAUUUUGAUUGGUGCUUAGUGUAUCAGAGAAUACUCCAUGACAUGACAUUUAAUCAAUGCUAGUUAUAUUUGUUUGUAUAAAAUAAUUUUAGCCAUGUUUUCUAUUGUAAGCAAUUGUAUGUAUAAACACUUUCAAAAGCAAAUUGGGGUCCAGAUAUUACUUUAGUAUACCGUGUGAUGUGUGCAAUUUGGUCCCUUGCACAUUAGAUAGAAUGUCUUAUGCUUGCUUUCGAAAGUGCGUCCAUGUUAGUGCAGUCUCAGUGUACCAAAUUAUAUAAUCAGUUAUUAGUAGUGCAUUUAUAUUCAUUCCAUAUUUUAAACGUUCAACAUCAACAAAUUACAUAACUUAUCGGUAUAAUUGUAGAUUUUUGUAUUUUUUUAAAAAAUAAUUUUAGAAUUCACAUUUUGUAGGUAAUUUAAAACGAUAAAAUUCUAAUAAGAAAGACUGCAUAUAAAAGAGCAGAAUAAAGUUUAUUUCCUUCUAUGACUCCGGAUCCAUUCCAGGGUUGUAGAAAAGAAUUGGAAUCUCCUGUUCUAAUCUAUGCAUUUUUCCUAUUGGCCAUUCUUUACCGUUGUCACACAUUGUGUUUAACGCAACAAUUUCUGUGUAUUUUUUCUCUUUUUCAAUUCAAUAUAAUAAAACUGAAUGGAAUUAACUUUAUUCCUUAAUACAUGUAAUGAAGAACAUAAUGUUCGAACAUUAUAAUUUAAAAACUUUAAGUUUGAUUUACAACUGUGUUGUAUGCUAUAUAACAGUUAAAAUAAAUUGGUAUUUUAAGUUGAAA